AUGUCGCUUCUAACCCUCCUUGGGAUGGGCUUUUCUGCCUGGUUGGCGUAUCAAUGGGCGCUCUUUCGGAUUUCAGAGAAGAAACUUAGGCACAUACCAACUGUAGGCGGGGAUGGAUUCAUCUCCUCGUAUCUUUCAGCAUGGAGGUAUCUGAAGCAUGGAAGAGAGAUCAUUCAAGAAGGAUACGAAAAGUACCCCGGGACAGUGUUCAAAGUCGCUACUCUCGCAACGCCAAACCGGUGGAUGAUUGUCGCAAAUGGAGCCAAUAUCGUCGACGACAUUCGCAAAUCCAACGAAGAAGAGCUGUCUUUCCACGAAGCUGCUAACGAAAUCUUUCACAACAAAUACCUGUUUCCCAAGGACACGGGUCACCCCAGAUCAAAACACUAUCACGUAGAGGUCAUUCGAGGGCCUUUAACGAAAGGCUUCCCCGGGAGAUUCGAUGACAUCAAGGAGGAAAUUGAAGCAUCUUUGCGGGACCUAAUGCCAGCUACAAAAGAUUGGACAGGUUACCCGGUUCAUAAAUCAUUCCUUUCUGUCGUAUGUCGCACCACAAAUCGUCUGUUCGUCGGAAUUCCUCUUUGCCGAGAACCUGAUUAUCUUCGAAUCAACGAAACCCUCACCAUUCACCUGUUCACUGUGGGCGGCAUACUGAACCUUAUCCCGAGCUUCUUGCGCCCAAUCGUUGCGCCUUUGCUCUCAAAGUUCCCAGCGGAGACCGAACGGGCGAAGAAGUACCUCGAACCGCUCAUCAAUGAAAGGAAGGAACUGGAUGCGAAGUUUGGUCCCAAAUGGGAAGGAAGACCGAACGACCUGAUCUCGUGGCUCAUAGACGUUGCGCCAGAGGAGGAUGGCUAUGGGCACUUGGACGACUUGGUCUUGCGGAUUCUCACAAUCAACACUGCAUCCAUCCAUACUACCACUAUCACUGUGUCCAACGUACUAUUUGACCUCGCCGCACACCCAGAGUACAUUGGCCCACUACGAGAGGAGAUUGAAGAAACAAUUAAUCGAUAUGGUUGGACAAAGGAGUCUAUGGUCAGGAUGCAUAAGCUGGACAGCACCAUCAAGGAGAAUAGUCGAAGAGCUGGAUUGGGAGCAGCAAUCAUGCACAGAAAGACCAAGGUCGAUUUUAAGCUCUCGAAUGGGGUGGUGAUUCCGAAAGGCUUCAGAAUGGUUGUUGCUUCCGGUCCCACUCAUUCUGAUCCUAAUCUCUACGAGGACCCUCAAGGCUUCCAUCCCUUCCGGUUCGUCCAAUCGGGGGAAGACAAAUCGGGACCUACGCACAAACUGAGAAACCCCAGUAUGGUCGCACUGGAUCCUAACUAUGUUCUAUUCGGUGGCGGACGUUUUGCUUGCCCUGGUCGAUGGUUCGCCGUGAACGAGAUCAAGGCGAUGUUGUGCUACAUGCUCAUGAACUAUGACUUCAAGCUGGCCGGUGAUAAGCCUCCUGAGCCGAGGUGGUUUGGACAUGCUCGCGCCCCGAAUACGAUGGCGGAGCUCUUGUUCCGGAAGCGUCAAAUUGAGUAA